AACAAGAACCAAGAACCCACUCAUGAUGAGAGUUUGAGCAACUUGCCUGCUGGCUUGACUGAUGUGCAACUGGGUGCGCAGAAAGGUCUCCUCGCACCUCUAGGCGACCCCCUAGGCAACGCUCUCAAUAAAGGCCUCUCUCCCAUCGGCACAGCAGUAGGCGGAAUCACAAAUGGAGGAUACACCAAGAGCAAAGAGAUGGACAAGGCUGCCGAGGAGCCGCAGAGUAUCGGUGGCAAGGAACAGACUGGACAGAACCCUUUGGGUUUGUAA